ACUGACGCCUAGGAAGGAGCAGGAAACACACACAACCCAUCAGGGACAGCACAGACUCCCAGACCUUCCCCAAAUCCCCCUCACAACACCAGCAUUCCAGGCAGGAAGCGGUUUGAUCCCACAGAAAUUGGGUGCGGUGGGUGAAAGCUUCCUGGCUACAGGAAAUAACCAGGAAUUGUUAUUAAAAUGAUUAUUACAAAUAACCAGCAAUAAGUGUGGUUGAUGAGAAAAGUGAGACAGACACAGAGACAGCAUUCCAUGAGGCUGGAUGGGACAUAGUUUUGUAUGACAAGAUCACCCUGCACCAACAAUGUUGGUGCCCAAAGUCCAGCGUACACUUCACCAGUUAUAAAGGUUAAUGCCAUAAAAAAUCAAACCUUUGUGUGGAUUAGUCAUGAAACUUCCAACUGUCUGAUGGUGGUGAAGCACUGGCACAGGCUGCCCAGAGAAGCUGUGGCUGCCCCAUCCCUGGAAGUGUCCAAGGCCAGGUUGGAUGGGGCUUAGAAUAACCUGGGAUAGUGGAAGGUGUCCCUUCCCUGAGGUGGAACUGGAUGGGCUUUAAGGUCCCUUCCCACCCAAGCUAUUCCAUGAGUCUAACAGCUGCAAUCAAUGACCUUAGAGGCCUUUUCCAACACAAACAACUCCGUGAUUCUAAGCAACAGCAGAAAGAAAAACACCGGCGAUAUUCCCAAGCCUGACACAGGAAUGGAACAGUUUUCCAAAGCUCCCAGAGCCUUUCUGCUGCGUGUGGCAGCAACUGUCACGUCAAGGCAGUUGAUUGCAGACUCUGCCUAAUGAACGUGGGCAGCAGAUGACAGCUGCUCCGGUGCUUUGGCGCUGCUUCCAAAGCCAUUCCACACUAGUAGGUGGCCGUGCUAUUUUGGAUGUAUGAAAGCACUGCAAGGCUUGGAAACAUCCAGCUCGUUCCUUGACAGUUCAGGUGGAAAUAAGAGUGUCUUGACAGAAGGUGAAUGGAAAAAAUCCCCCUUCAUAUGCAUUUUUCUAGGAAGCGGGUUAAGUGGUGAUCACAGAGAAUCACGGAAUCCCAGAAUGGGUUGGGUGGGAAGGGAUCUUAAACAUCAUCUGGAUCCACGUGCCAUGGGCAGGUACACUUUCCACUAACCCAGACUGCUCCAACCUGGUUCUGAACAUUUCCAGGGAUGGGGCAGCCACAGCUUCUCCAGAUAUUGAAGGAUUUCUUAGGAAGCAGAAGGGAUACAAAGGCAAUAGAACACCUAAGUAAGAUUCUGCAUGGAAAUAUGGGCGAGUGCAAUUCCUUAUCCCGUGCCAGCAAAGUGGUUCCUCCGGCUGCUGCGAGGACACAAUGAAAGCCCACAACAGAUAAAGAACAUCAAGAGGGAAAUUAAGAGUCUAAUUGGUGUCUUAGGAGCCACCUGAGCGAAAUAACCUUUGGGUACUGGCAGCAGCAGUGUCUGAGAAAGCACUGAUGGUAUCAGCCCUCAGCCGGAAUCCUUCCAAGUCCCAUCCACCAACCACGGGAAUUUGCUGGGCUGGAUGGAAGAGGUUGCAUGAGACUCAUGCAGAUGAAUCACCCACACAAACCUGAAGCCCCACCUCACACUGGGAUUGAAAUUUAAAACAGCCAGGAGAUUAUUUGCAGGCUGGUUUGGGAGCUCUGCUGACACGAGAAGCCCUCGGAGUGGCGGGAGGGAGAACAGCCUGACCCAGGUGGGCUCCCAGCACGUGCUCCUGGGUGCCUGAGCGUGGGCAGAGGCCCUGCCACUCCACACACCUACUUCCUGCAAUCCUGGCAAUUACCAAUCGAGUAAAACCCAGUUUCUGACGUGGCUGACUCAGCAAGGGCUUGGCUCAAAACAAACACAUCCACGCAGGGAGCCGCAGCCCGGGAAGCAGCGACGGGUGGCACAUGAAGGGACAGCAGCGACAGCGCUGGGGAGCUUUGGCAUUCUGGGUCCAACCUGGCUGAAUUCCUGGACUCCUGGCCGAGCUCUCCCUGGAGAGCUUCUUCAACCUGCUCCGGGAACGGGGCAGGAAGAGGUUGUUCCUGUUGCGUGGCUCUCUGCUGAUCCCUCGGCUCCCGCCUGUGAGGAGUCAGCAUUCCUGCUCCUCGCUGCCUUUCCUCAGCAUGGAUACUUGGCGCAGGGGGUCCAUCAAGUCCACCACCUUCUUCCGACGCUUCUCCCUCAGGAGGCACAAAAAGCUGGGCAACCAAGUCAUCAUCCUGAACCAGAACAGCCACACUCUGGACACAGAUGGCCAGAAGAGGGAAUGCUUGAGGGAUCUGAAGGACAAGUCUGAGUACCUGUCCUGUCAGAGCGAGCAGAACCUGGCCAAGGCACAAGCCCCUCCCAAGCCUCCCCGGCUGUACCUGGACAGUUCCAGCUGCCCCAACAUCAUCGAUCGCACAGAUUCCCACUCUGACCUCUCCUUUUCCGACGCUGCUCCGUACCACAAAGCCACUCCAACGCACAAGGACCAGGCUACAGACCAUGGCACUUCAGAGGCAGGUCUCCCAAACAGCACCACUCUUCCCGACCUGGCUGACCCCUUCCUGUCCUUCAAAGUGGAUCUGGGGCUAUCACUCCUCGAGGAUGUGCUGCAGACCCUCAGGAAACAGAACCCGAGGGAUUACGCCAUUUGA